AUGGAGGAAGAGUUAAAAUGCCCCGUGUGCGGUUCCCUCUUCAAGGACCCCAUCCUCCUGCCGUGCUCCCACAAUGUCUGCCUGGCCUGCGCUCGGAACAUCACCGUGCAGACCCCGGAGGGGGAGAACCCGGUGCAGAGCCGAGCCUCGGGCAGCUCUGACUACGACUACCUGGACAUGGACAAGAUGAGCCUGUACAGCGAGACGGACAGCGGCUACGGCUCCUACACGCCGUGCCAGCUCAAGUCUCCCAACGGGGUGCGGGUGUUUCCGCCGGCCAACCACCACCGGCACUGCUCCCUCACCUGCCCGCUGUGCCACCGGAGCGUCUCCCUGGAUGAGCGGGGGCUCCGGGGUUUCCCUCGGAACCGGCUGCUCGAGGCCAUCGUGACGCGGUACCAGCAGAACCGCCGCUCUUCCGCCACCUCUUCCUCUUCGUCUUCCACGGUGGUGAAGUGCCAGCUGUGCGACCGCAACCCGGCGGACGCGACGGUCAUGUGCGAGCAGUGCGACGUCUACUACUGUAACGCCUGCCAGCAGCGGUGCCACCCGUCCCGCGGUCCGCUCGCCAAGCACCGCCUGGUGCCGCCGCCGAACCGAGCGGCGGGAGGCGGCGCGGCGAGCGGAGGAGGCGGCAGCGGCAGCGGCGGUCAGCUGCCGCCCGCAACCGCGCGGAAACCGGCGACCUGCGUGGACCACGAAGCGGAGAACUUCAGCAUGUACUGCUACAGCUGCAAAGCUCCGGUGUGCAUGAAGUGUCUGGAGGAGGGAAGACACGCAAAGCACGACGUCAAGACGCUGCCCAUGAUGUGGAAACAACACAAGUGCCAGAUCUCCCAGGCCCUGAACGGGGUCUCCGACAAAGCUAAAGAUGCCAAGGAGUUCCUGAUCCAACUCAAGAACAUGCUGCAGCAGAUACAGGAGAACGGCGUGGAGUUUGAAGCUUGCCUCGUGGCCCAGUGCGACUCUCUGAUCGAGGCGCUGACCAGACAGAAAGCCAAACUGCUCACCAAAGUCACCAAGGAGAAGGACUACAAGCUGAAGGUGGUGCGUGACCAGAUGACCCACUGCACCAUGAAGCUCCGCCAGACCACCGGCAUGAUGGAGUUCUGCCUGGAAGUCCUCAAGGAGAACGAUCCCAGUGGAUUCCUCCAGAUCUCAGAUGCUCUGAUCAAGAGGGUCAUAUCAUCUCAGGACCAGUGGGUGAAGGGGGCCCUGGAGCCAAAAGUAGGCCCUGAGUUUGACCUCACCCUCGGCACCGACUCGCUGCUCCAAACCAUCCUGCAGCUGGACUUCUACCAGGGCAAAGUGGAGCCUGGAACCUCGGUGCCGGCGGCUCCUCUCCUGCAGCUGGAGAAGUGCUGCACCAGGAACAACAGCGCCACCUUGGCCUGGAGGGUCACUGCGCCCUCUGUCAGCGCCAUCGAGGGCUACAUCCUGGAGCUGGACGACGGCAACGGAGGACAGUACCGGGAGGUGUAUGUGGGGAAUGAGACAGUGUGUACUGUGGACGGCCUUCACUUCAACAGCUCCUACAAUGCCAGGGUGAAAGCCUACAAUGCUGUCGGUGUGGGGCCGUACAGCAAGACGGUGGUGCUCAAGACCUCUGAUGUGGCCUGGUUCUCCUUCGACCCCUCCACAGCUCAUCGGGACAUCGUCCUGACCAAUGAAAACCAGACGGUGACCUGCAGCAGCUACGACGACCGCGUGGUGCUGGGAACCGCCGCUUUCUCCAAAGGCAUCCACUACUGGGAGGUCCGCAUCGAUCGCUAUGACAACCACCCGGACCCUGCGUUUGGCGUGGCGAGGAUCAACACCAUGAAAGACAUGAUGCUGGGGAAAGACGACAAGGCGUGGGCCAUGUACGUGGACAACAACCGCUCCUGGUUCAUGCACAACAACUCCCACACCAACAGGGCGGAGGGAGGAAUCGCCAAGGGCUCGACGGUUGGCGUCCUGCUGGAUCUGACCAAACGCACACUGACUUUCUUCAUCAACAAGGAGCAGCAUGGACCGACCUCCUUCGAGAACCUGGAAGGGGUCUUCGUACCCGCCGUCAGCCUCAACCGAAACGUGCAGGCGACCUUACUGACGGGCCUGGAGUGGCCGAAGACCGGCAACCAGUAGGGGAUCCUCCCUCGGAGCCAACGAUGUCACACGCAGUCCGCGGCCACGUGGGCCGCUCCCGGGAACGUCCGAUCCCCCAUUCUCAUCGAGGUGUUCCAUGUGAGACCCCGCUCCAUCAUUUCGGCGACGAAGGAAUACAAUCUGGAUUAUUGGAUUGCCAUACUUUUUUUUUUUACAUCUCAGUUUUUACUCCAAGAUCAAACAUCACUCUCUCACUUUGACAGAACCCACGGGGGACGACGCCCAAACUCCAGUGCCACAAUGUCGUACUUUGAAGUUUCUCAAAGCUUUAUGAUUCAAUGUAAGAUGUACCUUCAGAAAAUAGCAUCACAAUCAGUUUCCAGGGCAACCGGGUGCUUCUCGUUGCUCGGCUUCUCUCUCAGGCGCCGUCGAGGAAUCCACUGGAUGAAGAGAGUCUCUCGGAGGAGUCGUCGUGUACUUUAGGAAUUUAGUUUCUGGAAGUGUUAUUCACCACUCAGAGUCUAGAAUAAAAGAGACUCACCAGAGACCAGAUGACGAGAGCAGAAUACUCUCCUGCAUCAUUUUGCCACCGAAAGAGAUUUGAGGAACAGUUCUUUAUUUUUGGAGGCACACUUGUUUCAUGAUAUUAUUGUGUGAGGAUUAAACAAAUGCGAUAUAACAUACGAUGUAGUUAUAUUCAGAUGAGCUGGCUAGUGGAUUUCCUUCAGUCAGAGCACUCUGAUUGGCUGCUGGAUGUAGUUUCAUAUGUAUAUCUGUAUCCUUCUUCUCAUCUAAUAAGUGUUUCAAAAAAUGCCUAACGAUUGACACGGAUACGGACAUAUUUGGCUUUUUUUCCCUAAACUUUGGGAUCUCCACUGAAAUUGAACAUGAAGUUCUGUGAAUGAAUUUUAACUGAGCGGCACAAGCUUGUAAGGACUAAACCUUUAGAGGUUAAAAUAUGCCUGCAGCAUUUCAAACCAUUUAAAGGAUCGUGUUAAUUUGGUUACCAAAACUACAAAAUCCACCUCCAACUGUACCUUGUGUUCCAUUAGCGAGGAUGGUUAACGGCCGACAGGAGCGUUUCCCCUGCAGCCUCCCCCGGCCUCCGUUUUCACCCGGACUCAAGAGGACAUUAAUUCACCUCGAGGGAUGAAUGUCAGAGAGAACGCUGACAUUCAAAUAGAGCUGAGCCACACCUCACUUUCUAUUCAUUUGAAUUUGAACAAGACCAACAGCUACUAUAAUAUAUCAAAAGUCGAGGAGGAAAGUGGUUGUCGCAUCGGUACUUUUCAUUCUGUGCUCAUCUCUCAGUCUCUCAGUAGAAUCUCUUUCAGGCCUCUUUAAUCGGUGGAUGAAAAUGCUCUUGAGAAGUCACAUCAGGGGGAUCUUCGCUCCGGAUCGAGCCCAGACCACUGUGACCGGAUUCAACAUACAGUAUAGCCGUGUGUUUUUCACGACCAAUGCAGUGGAUAUCUGGAUAUCGCUUCAUCAGGAUAUCUGAAACAUUUCUCUUCCCUAUAAUGUUGUGUGUGUGUGAGACGUUAUUCGACACACCUGCCAUACAAAGAUUGGGUUUAUGUGUGAAUGGGAAACGACAAACAAAUGUAAAUAUGCGAGUUAUGACUAUAAUAUGAGAUAUUAAGCAUGGAUUAAGCGUCAAACAAGUUUACAAAAUAUCAGGAGCUGUGAUGUGAAGUGCGCUGAGUCUUUAAAAUGAGUGAUGUUGAAGCCAACUGCCCCCUGCUGGCGGACGGUGGCAACAACCGGAGUCAUGAACUUAUCCUGUAGUUUCAUAACCCGACUGUGAUUUCAUACCUUUAAUCGCUGACUUUUUAAACAGUCAGCUAUAGUUUUGCCAGUUUUACAGCUCGUCUUAUAACUUAUAUCGUCAACUAUCUCAAACAUCUGAUCAGGGACAUAGAAUAGCAGAGUCAUUUAUAUGUUUCCAAGUUAUUUUUAAGAUUAGUUUACAUAUUAUUAUGAUUGCAGGCAGCAAUUACAUGUCGCUUAACACACUUGAUUUCUUUUACAUUCUCAGUUCAACACACAUUUAAAUAUGCCAGUUGGCUGAACAGUAAAUAUCAAUUAAAGAAAGCAUUUCUUACUGGAAUUAAUCUAUUCUAUAUGUCUAUUUUCAAUGCCACAGAAACACGAUACACAUGUGUUGGCCUGUAUCUUUGUUUUGAAGAAUGUAUUUAAUUGAAGAGCAUCAGAGUAGUAUAAUAAGGUUAUAUAUUUGAAUCUGUGUUCAUUUUGAUGUCCUGUAGAUAUGAUGUAAGAAAUACGACUGAAGAACAAUAAUGGAGCCUUUUUGAAGAGAUGGGGAUGGGAUGAUGUAUUUAUAUAUGAAUCAAAGAUGCACCUGAUGUUGCAUUCAAACCAUGUGGGAAAGAUUGUUUUCACGUUGAUAUUUUUACAACAGUGGAUAAAAUGCGUCGUGAUGGACCCAGAUAGUUAUUCCCAGACUCUGUAGUUCUCAUCUUUACGGAGCUUUAGUUGAUUGCUUUGGCUUUCUUUAACUUGACUCUUCACUCAACUCCUCAGCGCAUUGUGUUUGGCUGCCAAAAACAACAACAAACACGACCCAGGCAGACACGGUUCAGGACUAUCUGGUGAAGCAUUUAGAAGCUCAAGAGUCAAACAUUUCCCGACGGUGUUGGUAGAGAUUAAAGAAUAGAGCGAAAAGGGAGAUAUUGUUGCUACAUGUGUGUGUUGGCCAAAAACACAGCUCCAUAUGAACUACAACGUUGCUGCUCAUACGUUUACCCCGUGGACUUACAGCUGAUGUUAUUGUCGCCACACCUUUGUUUCUGAUGCCCCCAAAGUGGUCAAGAGAGCACUUAUUGCAGGUUUUAAUCCAGACAAUAAAAUCCAUGUGAAAAUCAUUUUUAUUUGAAUGUAAAUUGGCAUUAUGAACAUGGUCUAACGAAUUAAACUACGCCUACGUUUUACCAUCUUUCCCACAUGACAUGAACGCACCAUUAGUGUCAAAAUCAGGACUUGAACCCGUUGCUCCCGACCCAGAAAACAAACAUCACCCAAAGGAGAAUUUAUCCCGACGUGCCCCAGACGGACAGCUUUUCACCAGAGGCUGCUCGGCUCUGACCCCCCCCCCCCCCCCCGAGGUGGACUUUGCUGUAACCAGGAAUAGAUUAGAGGCCCACAGGCCAAGUGAGACAUCCAUCACAGAAGCAGAGGGGGAUGCGUGCCCGUCGCCUGAGAGUCCAGAUGAUUCGUGACCGGAGGGAACAGAAGCUCAAGGUGUUCGGUGGAGGUUCAUUCAGGAAGCCAGACCGUGUAUCAGGUCAAAUGAGGUCACGCCUUUUCCUUUCUGCAGUUAUUUGGUGAAUGAAUAUCAAAACAAUACUUCUUUGUUGUUGUUGCAAAAAGCACACAUUUUAAGUCACAUUGUGGUCACUCCUGUCUCAAAAUGGUAUUGUGACCCACCCAUGAAUGAGAGAUUUCAUUUAACUUCACGCUAUGGUGCUGGGGGAAAGAGCACGUCCCCGCUGUAAGCGGUUCAACUGAAAGAAUUGCAGAUUUACUCUAUAAAAUGUGUAAAUAGCUUAUUUUUUUUCCUUUUGUAUAUUGCUCUCUUCAAUUGGAUAUACUAUAGAAGUCAAAUGGCGACUGAUAUAUAUUGUCUAUGGUCUAUUGGGUUAAAGGUUUUUAAAAAAAGGCUCUAAUCUCAAUAUAAGUAUUUGCUUACAGAUUGAAACAAUGUGCUGCAGAUAAACUUCAUAUUUAUUUGUGCCGUUUCUUCUUCUUCUUUGAAGUCUAUAAAUAAGAAAAGAAGCUGCUUUAAGAAAAACGGUGUGAGAUUUUGUGACCUCACUCGGCCGCACACUGCCAGAUGACGCCUCGUGUUUCUCCAUCGUCGCUCAGAACCCAUCAGCUUCACUCUUGAACAGAACUAAAUAUCUGUAAAGAUGUGGAAUCGUUUCCAUCUGGAACGCAGCUUCUCGGGUCGGUCAAGAAGUCGUGUGCAUACAUGCAGAGGUUUAUGAACGGGAGAAAAGCUUCUCAUGUUCGUCUGUCUUUCUUCAUUCAAACAUCUGCCAGGACUUUUGUGUACAUUCUUUUUUAAAUUUAUUAUUACGCCCAUCUGUACGGUUAUGAUCCCCUCCCUUCCUCCCUUGCUGCCAAUGUAAAUGUUUUGUACGACUACAUGGUUUGUAUAUGAGAAAGUGAAACUGCAUUAUUUAAAAACCGUGUCAAACACAAGAAACGCAAAUAUCGUCUUUGUUUUUUUGGGUCAUUUGUAAAAAGAAAAUAAAUUAACUGUGAUGGAACACGA